CGACAAAAGUCCUAUGGAGGCUUCGGAGGAAGUGGAGCACUCGACGCUGGGUGCGUAUGCCCAGCAGCUACAGCGCUGUCUGCAGUGGGACCCGAUUAAUGGCGUGGAAGACCAGGAUAAGCAGGUGUUCGUCGAGGCGCUAACGGAGAUCGCAGCGCUGCCUCUGGACAGCAUCAGCAUGGAGAUCCGUCGGCUGCUGGUCGUCUCCAAUGCCGAAACCAACACACAAGAGCAUCAUGCAAUCGAAGAGCAGCCGCAGCAUGUGCAUCUACGCAACGUUAUCUCUGCACUGAGUGCGCGUGAUGUUCAGCUCAAGUGCAAGGCUGCAAAUGCGGUGGGUUCGCUGUGUAUUUCGAGGGUUGCAGGUCAACAACUGCUCGGACUCUAUGGGGAGCAGAUACUCAAAAGCGUGACCAAGAUGGCUACCAGAAAGAAUCAGUGGGUGCAAGGAGACGCUUUCUUUGUGUUGGGCUGGAUAAUAGUCAUUGCGGAUGAAGACACGUUGACGGCCAUUGCUGAAUUGCUACCGACGGUUGUCAAACAUUUGCAUCGCAAUGUGAAUUUGUCGUUAGAAAUUGAAUGCGAAGAUACUGGAGAGAUGGCGUCAAGUCGAUCCAAAGCGGCAUUGGCGUCCUCAGAACAGGCCUCUAAUUUCAGAGUGUAUGCGCUCGUAUUGCUACUGAACUUCAGUCAACGGCAUGUGGAUGUGUUCACGGAUCAAUUGGAGACGGUGAUGCCGAUGCUAAGAGACCUGGUACUCAAGCUUCUUGAGCCAUUACCUACUAUUACUGAAGACGAUUCUACACAUGCAACCCGGACAGUAUUCUUCGACGUAUCCGAGUACGCAGAAGUGCUGAGAUUGACGAUCACCCUUCUUAGUGUACUAGUGGAUCAACUUGAAGGUACUGCUUUUCAACUUUUGAAUCUCAAGGUGCUACCAGUCUUAAUAAAACUCAAGCGCAUACUCGACACACCGAACGUCUCUGGACUUGUCGGCGACGCAGGCAUCCAAGACAUAACAGAAAGGCUCGACGCAGUCAUCGAGAUCCUAUUAGCCUGCAGAUAGCGAAUAUAACAACAUAAACAAUGUAAAACCGUUUAAACAUGUGAAAAUAAUAAACGUUUAAACAUUGUGAAAAAGUUGCACUUUACUUAAA